AUGUCCCCACACGCAAGGCAGACCGGGACAAACCAGGUCCACACGACCCGACCUGGUCGGCGCAAUAUGUUUGUGGCUGUUUGUGUGAAGCAAUGUUUCGGUCCGUUUGUGAGUCGAUAUUGUCUUGUUGUUGGUGGUGAUGGUGGUAGUGGUGGUAGUGUUGUUGCCAUUGUAUCUCCACGUCCCGACGAAGAUGAACCACGUGAGUGCCAAGCAGACUUGAUCCAACUGACGAAGGACCACCGUGGAGAUGAUAGUGAUAUUGCUCACUAUUAG